AUGGCUUCCAGCGCCUUUGAAAUCCUUCGAUCAACACGCCAGCUACCAGUGGUCGAGAAAGAAUUGCUCUUUAAUAAGCAUGCCACAGAUGCUGCAGCUUUUCGCUCAACUGCUGGCGCGGCAUGGGGAAAAAGUGCGCGCAAAUGGGUGGCCGCCUCGACUCCUGAAUUUCGCGAAUUUGGUGACGCCAUGCCACGCGAAUUACGGACGCUAGUGGCUACGUCGUUUGAUAUUUUUACUCGAACCCAGCAAGAAUCACAACAGGGAGCAUUGGAUAUCGUACAUACUAGUCGUGAAUACCGUGAAGGUCUUAAGACGUGUAUUUUCGCGCUAGAAGACCGUCUGGAGGCAAAAAAGGAAGAUUUCGAGAUGAAUAUUGAGGAGGAAAGAGCGUUUUUAGAUUUACUGAAAGUUUCACUCGCAAUUUGGCACCUGUGUGAGUUGUUGCUGCUCCGUGGAGGCGCGAGAGGUGCAGAUAAGACACUAGCUUAUGAGCUAGCGCUGUGGGUACAGGAACAUUAUUGUAGUACGUUGUUAGAGAAGGUAUUGAGCGAAAGUGAAAGACUGAAGAAGGAGGAAAAACCGGAACAAGAUGCAGACUUCUGGAGUACGAUCAAGUCUUUAGUUAUGGCUGGAGAUGGUGAGAGUGCCUGGAGUCUAUUGUCCUCACAUUCGAGCUACAAGUCUCUCGUGGCUCGAGACGCUUUGUCUCUUACUCAAACUUCAACUACAACAGUGUUCCAAGAAGUCCAGAAACUAUUGGUAACAAUGCCUGGAAGAAUUGGAAGAAUGGAAACAUUUGAACCAGCAGAAUGGAAAUACUGGAAUGAUGCGUGCCACUACCUUCUCAACACAAAUGGAUACAUCAAGUCAAACGUAGAAUUCAAGACACUUUUAGAGAUACUAAUAGCUAAGGAAGACGUGCUUACGAGUCAUGCAAAUACUUGGUAUGAGCUGAUGAUGGCAAGACUUUUUCUGAACGAACCAAAGACAAUUGCACACCGUUUUGAGUUUCUGAUGGCCAAUUGUUUUCGAGCCUAUCACAGCGAUACUACAAGUAUGGGCAACUUUGAUUGCAUCAUCUUAGCGAUCAUGAAAUACGAUAUCGAGAGUGCAUUGCAAGAUCUGAUCUCACUUGGAUUUUCAUGGAUGACCGCACAUCUGACUGAUCUAUUACAGAGACGUAAUGUGAUUCUAGCGGACGAGGUGGUGCCGGAAGCCAGCUGCACGUUACGAGAGCGAUUUUUACUUCACUAUGCAAUGGAGAUCGGUGCAAGUAGUGGUAUGUGGCAAUUUGCUGUGCGAUACUAUGAGUACUGUCCUCAAUUUGGUGCUAGUGCGAUUCGAUCUGCAUUAGCUCGUGAGCCGUUGCAAACAGACUACAAGACAGAACGCCUUCUAGCAUAUUGCCAUGGUAAGAAAUUUUUGGCUGAAACACAGAAUUUAAUAUCAAGACAGAGGGCAGAAGAGUGCAAGCUUAAAAAGACUUAUGCGUCUGCAAUGUACUGGAUGCUUCGUGGUAACCUUCUAGACGAUGUCGAUGCUCUAUGUGAUGAUGUUUUACAAGAGUGCAGCAAUAGUAAUUCGCUCACUCCUCUUCACGAGGCGGUGCAAUUCAUGGAGUCACACACUGAUCUUGUACGUCCUCAAAAGUUAGUGUGGGUGGUAAAAUAUCGCGAAUUUCAGUUGGUUCUGGACGAUCUCGAGGCAUUACGACAACAGCUGGAGACGAACGAGGUUUCAAACGAUAAGGAAAAGCGUGUGGCUCUCAAAGACAAACUUCGGUUUGUGUCCAUUGAGGCCGCGAAGCGUUUGAAUUGGUUAUUUAACUCGAUUGAGGCACCAAAGACGCUAUGCUCACAACUUUUGCAACACACUGAACGUCUGCUCAAAGAGUCUCCCAAUGUAUUUCAAUCGCGCCAUUUGUACUCAUUAUUGGAUUACCUGCAGCGUUUGGACCGCUCCUUUGACAGGCAACAAUUUUACAACUCGAGCUCGAACACACAAUUGAAAGAACGCAUUGAAACUUUGAUAUCUCGAAAUCUUGCCGAGGCAAUGUUGCAAGAAGCGUCUGUAAGUGGUUAUGGAGUAGAAACUCUGAAGCGUCAAGCAAUUAUGGCGCCGAGUGUUGAGAACAAGUUUUUGAUAGCAGAUUUAUCAGGUACACCGAUGGAAGAAUAG